AUGGCGACUACGUCGAACAUGUUCCUGUAUUCCUUGACCAUCCAGCCACCCACCGCUGUCACGCAGGCUCUGCUUGGUCAGUUCUCGGGAACCAAGGAACAGCAGAUUCUUACGGCGUCUGGAUCGCGUCUAACCCUCCUUCAGCCUGAUCCCCGUCAGGGCAAGGUCAACACCCUGUUGUCUCAUGACAUCUUCGGCAUCGUACGCGCCAUCGCGUCGUUCCGUCUGGCCGGCAGCCACAAGGACUACAUUAUCCUCGCCACUGAUUCGGGCCGUAUUACCAUUAUCGAGUAUCUCCCCAAGACGAACAAGUUUCAGCGCAUCCACCUCGAGACUUUCGGCAAAUCGGGCGUCCGCCGAGUCAUCCCCGGCCAGUACUUAGCCGCAGAUCCAAAGGGAAGAGCAUGCCUCAUUUCGGCACUCGAAAAGAACAAGCUGGUCUAUGUUCUCAACCGAAACUCACAGGCCGAGCUUACAAUCUCGUCACCACUGGAAGCCCACAAGCCAGGCGUGUUGGUGCUAUCUCUUGUUGCCCUUGACGUUGGUUACGCAAACCCCGUUUUCGCUGCGUUGGAACUGGACUACACGGACGCGGACCAAGAUCCUACGGGCCAAGCACGAGAAGAAGUCGAGACACAGCUGGUAUAUUACGAGCUCGAUUUGGGCCUGAACCACGUCGUACGCAAGUGGUCAGAUACUGUCGAUCGCACUUCUUCACUUCUCUUCCAAGUACCCGGCGGCAAUGACGGUCCUAGCGGUGUCUUGGUGUGCGGCGAGGAAAAUGUCACCUAUCGGCACUCGAAUCAAGAGGCUUUCCGCGUCCCCAUCCCCAGACGCAGCGGUGCCACCGAAGAUCCUCAGAGGAAGCGGGUUAUCGUCGCUGGCGUUAUGCACAAGCUCAAGGGAAGCGCGGGCGCCUUUUUCUUCCUUCUUCAGACGGACGAUGGAGAUCUUUUCAAAGUCACCAUUGACAUGAUCGAAGAUAGUGACGGCAACCCCACCGGAGAGGUCAAGCGCCUCAAGAUCAAGUACUUCGACACGAUACCAGUAGCCACCAGUCUUUGCAUCCUGAAGAGCGGCUUCCUGUUUGCCGCUAGCGAGUUUGGAAACCAUCACUUUUACCAAUUUGAAAAGCUCGGGGACGAUGACGAGGAACUCGAGUUCAGCAGCGACGACUUCCCGACAGACCCUACCGCCUCAUAUAACCCGGUGUACUUCCACCCCAGGCCACUUGAAAAUCUGGUCCUGGUUGAGAGCAUUGAUUCGAUGAACCCUCAGGUCGAUUGCAAGGUUGCGAAUCUGACGGGAGAGGACGCGCCCCAGAUCUACUCUGUCUGUGGAAAUGGGGCGCGGAGUACUUUCCGCAUGUUGAAGCACGGACUCGAAGUGUCUGAAAUUGUCGCUUCAGAGCUUCCGGGUACACCUUCUGCUGUAUGGACGACUAAGUUGACCAAGUACGACCACAUUGGCGAGACGGUAGAAGAGGUCAGCGAUAGUGGUUUCUUGACUACGGCGCCCACCCUAGCUGUGCAGCAAAUGGGUGAGGAUGGCUUGAUACAAGUUCACCCCAAGGGCAUUCGCCACAUCGUCCAAGGUCGUGUCAAUGAAUGGCCUGCACCUCAGCAUCGCUCGAUUGUUGCUGCCACGGCAAAUGAGAAUCAGGUUGUCAUCGCCUUGAGCUCUGGCGAAAUCGUCUACUUCGAAAUGGACUCGGAUGGUUCGCUCGCCGAGUAUGACGAAAAGAAGGAGAUGUCGGGUACCGUCACAUCGCUGAGCGUCGGUCAAGUACCGGAGGGCCUGAAGCGAAGCUCUUUCCUGGCUGUAGGAUGCGAUGAUUGCACAGUUCGCAUUCUUAGCUUGGACCCUGAUUCAACACUCGAGAUGAAGUCCAUCCAAGCUUUGACAGCCGCACCCUCGGCUUUAUCAAUCAUGUCGAUGGAGGACUCGUUCGGUGGAUCCACGCUCUAUCUGCACAUUGGAUUGCAUUCGGGCGUUUACCUUCGGACUGUGCUGGAUGAAGUGACGGGCGAACUGACAGACACUCGUCAAAAAUUCUUGGGUCCCAAGCCUACCAAACUUUUCCAAGUAUCAGUUCAGGAUCAGCCAUGUGUUCUUGCGCUGAGCUCGAGGCCAUGGUUAGGCUACACCGACCCACUUACUAAGGGCUUCAUGAUGACGCCCCUAAGUUACACCGAGCUUGAGUAUGGUUGGAACUUCAGUAGCGAACAGUGCUUGGAAGGCAUGGUUGGAAUUCAUGCCAACUACCUAAGAAUCUUUUCAAUCGAAAAACUGGGCGACAACAUGAUUCAGAAAUCCAUUCCUUUGACUUACACACCUAAGCACUUGGUCAAGCAUCCCGAACAGCCAUACUUUUACACUAUCGAAUCCGACAAUAACACCCUCCCCCCGGAGCUGCGGGCAAAGCUUCUGGAGCAACAAAGCAAUGGCGACGCAACGGUACUGCCGCCAGAGGACUUUGGAUAUCCCAGAGCCAAAGGCAGAUGGGCAUCGUGCAUCAGCAUUAUCGAUCCUAUCAGCGAGGAACCGAGAGUCCUCCAAAGGAUUGAUCUUGACAAUAAUGAGGCGGCAGUCAGCGCGGCCAUUGUACCUUUUGCCAGUCAAGAGGGUGAAAGUUUCCUGGUUGUCGGCACGGGCAAAGAUAUGGUCCUCGACCCACGUCAAUUUACCGAGGGCUACAUCCAUGUUUACAGAUUCCAUGAAGACGGCCGGGACCUGGAGUUCAUUCAUAAGACCCGAGUAGAAGAGCCCCCUUUGGCACUCAUUCCGUUCCAGGGUCGUCUGCUUGCUGGCGUCGGCAAGACACUCCGUAUCUACGACCUCGGUUUGAAGCAACUGCUCCGAAAAGCUCAAGCAGAUGUGACGCCCACUCUCAUCGUCUCCCUACAAAGCCAGGGUAACCGCAUCAUUGUCGGCGAUCUCCAGCAAGGCAUCACGUACGUUGUCUACAAGGCCGAGGGCAAUAGACUCAUUCCCUUUGCUGACGACACCUUGAACCGCUGGACAACCUGCACCACCAUGGUCGACUACGAAUCCGUUGCCGGCGGCGACAAGUUCGGCAACAUAUACAUCGUCCGUUGCCCAGAGCGCGUCAGCCAGGAAACUGACGAGCCUGGAUCAGAGAUCCACCUGAUGCACGCCCGCAACUACCUUCAUGGCACACCCAACCGCUUGAGCCUCCAGGUCCACUUCUACACUCAGGACUUGCCGACCAGCAUAUGCAAGACCAGCCUAGUUGUCGGUGGUCAAGACGUGCUGCUCUGGAGCGGCUUGCAGGGCACUGUCGGUGUCUUCAUUCCCUUUGUCAGCCGCGAGGAUGUCGACUUCUUCCAGAAUCUGGAGAACCAUAUGCGCGCUGAAGACCCGCCGCUUGCCGGCCGUGAUCAUUUGAUCUACAGGGGUUACUAUACCCCCGUCAAGGGUGUGAUCGAUGGUGACUUGUGCGAGAGGUUUAGCUUGCUGCCGAAUGAUAAGAAGCAGAUGAUUGCGGGAGAACUUGAUCGCUCGGUGAGGGAAAUCGAGCGCAAGAUCUCGGAUAUUCGCACCCGGUCUGCCUUCUAAACAUGAUCACAUCGUUUCUGGGUGAGAAGUAAUGGCUGCGAGCUUAUGGUUUAAUGUAUAUGAAACUCCUUGCAAAGAAGCGCGUCGUUUUCACAGAAACCUGGGAUGGAUCAAAGCCUUGUUGUAAUGUUAACUUGGAUUACUGCUGUUGAUUCAGCUAGGCGCUCCGGUGGUGGUAAGUGGUUUAGGCGUCAAUUGUAUGUACGCCGUUGUGCUUAGAUCAAACGAUGGAAAGAAGAGACAGAAUGGUACGUGGCUAAACAAAAAGAAAAGAAGAGCCAAAUUGCUUGGCAAUAUACAAAAUUUUGGGUACACAAAGCAUGACAUCAUAAACUGCUUACGAUCCAGUUCUCCUGGCUUUCAAGUCCCGAUCCCCAGCUUGACUACCUAUUUGCCAAACUUCGACGCAGUACUAGAAGCAGUGGGAACCAACCUCUUCACCCCACUAAUCCACGUCCUUCCCAUAACCCUCCCUUUCCCCUUCGUAGGCGGUUGGUUUAGGGCCUCCCACAUCUCAUCGUCCUCCAACGCCUUUACUGCGCUUUCCACAUUCCAAUCAUUUCCCUCCAUAUACAAAACCGCCACAUCAUAGUCCGCCACUUUGGUUUUCAUCAUCCACUUCCUUAUCUUCUUCUUCCGUUCAACCUCCUCGUCGCUUUCUACAGGGUAAGGAGAAAGCGAU